UCUCCCAUGUUCCAUAUAUAAGCACUGAAAACCAACAAUCAUUACAUAUCCUUCACACUCUCCUUUUUCUCCUUCAUAAUCAUUUUAUUUCCUCUGCAAAAUGAUUACCUACCAGUGUCCAUGUUAUUUUCUUGGAUGAUACUUAUAAAUGUCUAUUUCUAUAUCCAUAUAAUUUAUCCAAAGUUUGUUUGCUAAAUAGCAAAGAGAAAAGAAAAAUGGAGAACUCCACGAGAUUAGGGUUGAUGGCUGUGGUUGCUGUAUCCGGAAGCAUGGUCUUCUUGGUUCAUCAAGUCCAUAAACGUCUACUAUCUAACUUCAUGGAGAAAUUUGAGUAUGAAUACGCACAUGACCAAAAGAAUUUGAGUGGCUCGGAGAAACAUGAAGCAAAGAAGGUACGGUUUGCAAAAGAAACAUCAAAAAACAAAAGUUGUGGAGAUAAGAAAAUGAUUACAACAACGACAAGGGUACGGGGAAUCAAGGCUGAGGAAAUUUGGGUGAUGGAGAAUGUUCAGAAAUGGAGGCAUGUGCCCAAAUUAGAGGACAUGAUGCCUCCUAAUAGGGCAGUUCUAUACAGGGGAAUUAUGAAAUAUAGGAAUAGGACUAUUAAUCGGAGACUUCACUUUUAGUUUUUUUCUGUUUCCAUAUUUUUUUUAUUUAUGCGAAGAAUUUUGCUCUCACUUCAAUUGGUAUCUAUUUUUAUAUUUAUAAAUUAAAAUACAUAAUUUGCAUA